AAGAGAGCUUCAACUCGGUGUCUCCGUGGAGUGUCGCGCACCUGCUAAGAUUCGCGCGGAAACCGAUCAAUCGCGAGAUCAUGCUUUCCCGUUUGUGAAAACAUCCAGCCGACGAAGGAUUCUGAGACGUGGCACCCGACAAACGGCGACUCCCAUGGCGGAAUGUAACGGAGACCGAACCUACAAAUGGGUGCUCUUCCUCAGCGCCGUGGUUCACAUUGUGAUCUGUCCUUUCACAAAAGUGGAGGAAUCUUUCAACCUCCAGGCAAUACAUGAUCUUCUACACCAUCGAACCAAUCUGAGCUCCUAUGAUCACUUGGAGUUCCCGGGGGUUGUGCCCCGAACAUUUCUAGGACCACUAUUAAUCGCUACCCUCGCGUCCCCUUUCAUUGCUUUAUGCCGACUCUUGGAAAUGGAGAAAAUAGUCGGACUUUUCUUAGUGAGAUUCAUACUAGCCUUUCUCGUCACCAUGGCCUACCGUCGGUUCAUCGUGAGCGUACAACGCGUGUUCGGAGACGUGACGGGUGUCUGGUUGGUUUUGAUACAGGCAACUCAAUUCCACUUUGUUUUCUACAUGUCCCGAACCUUGCCCAAUACAUUCGCGUUGAUCUUCGUUCUGUUUUGUUACUCGUUCUGGCUGGAUCAGGACCAUUUCCGAUUGACUGUCUGCACGGCAUUCGUGGUUUUGGUGUUUCGGUCGGAGUUGCUCUCGCUCCUCGGAGUGAUUCUCCUCAUGGAGCUCUACGGUCGAAGAUUACACCCGCUCCAAAUGCUCAAGUGGGGUAUCCCGGCAGGAUUGGCAUGGCUCUGCCUGUCGAUCACCGUGGACUCCAUCUUUUGGCGGAGACCCCUCUGGCCUGAAGGCGAGGUCCUUUGGUUCAACGUGAUUCUAAACAAAUCCGGGGAAUACGGAGAGCAACACUGGGCAUGGUACUUUUAUUCGGCCAUACCUCGGGCCAUGGGAUCAUCGUUAUUACUAGUUCCUCUAGCCGCUUACGUAGACCGAAGGAUACGCGCAACGUGCUUCCCUGCUGUUGCCUACGUGCUUUUGUACUCCUUACUGCCCCACAAAGAACUCCGUUUCAUUAUGUAUGUUUUCCCACUGUUGAACUUGGCGGCGGCCCGCGCGUGUUCGUGGGUGUGGGACCGAAGACGGAAAUCAAUAUUCUGGACCAUGUCGGUUCUGAUCGUCUGUUUCCAUUUGGUGGCGAAUCUGUUCAUGACUCAGACACUGCUAUUCAUCUCUUCGUACAACUAUCCCGGAGGAUACGCUCUCCUUCGACUACACGAGCUAGAAGCUCAUAGCUACGAUUCGAGCGUACACAUAUGCAACUUCGCCGCUCAGACGGGAGCGUCGAGGUUCAGCGAACUCAGACGGGAUUGGCUGUAUGAUAAGACGGAGAAUCUAACUCCACGCGAAAUUCUCGCGAGAAACUACACACAUCUGAUAAUAGAGGGCAACUCUCACAUUUCGAGUCAAUUUCAACCGUACAAGAACCACUAUGAGAUCAUCGAUCACGUGCCUGGAUACUCCGGGAUCAAGUUCGAUCUCUUGAGCAUUUUCCAGCCAAUCGUCGUGAAAGCCAAACCGCGUUUAUUGGUCCUGAGGCGGCUCGAUGAUUCACCGCUAGUUGUGGAAAUCCCAAAUAAGAACGGAAAAACAGAACAGGCCAGAUGAGAAUUUUGCAUAAGACAGGGAACGGGCGAAAGGCAGCUAGUCAAAGUAUUUAUUCUGAGCGUUGAUGGAAGAGCAACUGUGCAGUGGAGCUUCUCCUCUCGGGCCCACGCAGUGGACACAAUCGCGGGGACCGGAUGAAAAUCUCCUGGAUGGCAUUUCCCAUAGAUAAGGGAAGGAGUGUUGGAAUAAAAGGAACGAGGAAGCUCCAUGGAGGUUCCGGUAUCGUUUUAUG